UGUUUUUUCAAGUACAAAACGUUUGACCCCAAUCUAUAAUCUGUCGUAAUGGCAUGCCGGAAAUGUGGACACACAUGUUCCAGCUACAAAAACUGAGACAAUACAUAUUGUUCCCACCCGGGAGGGCAUAACGAGGCAACAGCACAAAGAAUAUCAUAUGGCUUCCAAGUCCCGCAUUGUCGCCGGUUUACCUUCAUAGGAGCACAAAAUCCAGCGGUGUGGACUAGUGGUCAAGAAUGCAGCCUGUGACCCAAAAGUAUCAUAAUGACAGCUGCUUCCAAAAACCUGUGAGAAAUGUCAGGUUAAACAGGCAGAGGACUCUCAAAAAUCUCAUUAAAAUGAUCAAUCAAAAAACCAUUUGGUAAAUUAGUGUUAAUCAUUAUCUAUCUAAAUUUAAUAUUUGGAAGCCUAGUCGAGUCGAACCGGCUUGAAAUUGGCUGACGGAGACGCAGCCUUUACUUUUGAGGCUUUUCUGUGAGCUUUUGUCGCGUUUGGAGGAGCGCUCAUUUUAACAAUAGAGAUGUCCAGUCGGCGUCCAGAGGAAGCUUGUAGUGUACAGGAAAAAGAGGUGGAGUCCAGCGCGAGGAAACAGCUUGAAAACAAGCUGACGCCUCGCUCGGGCUGUGGAACCUGAUCACGAUUUUGCCAGCUCUGUGGCGUCUCUGACUACGCGCUGAGAUUAUUUCUUUUGGCAGUUUUAAGGGACUUUGGCAGCGCGCCUUGACCGUCGGGAAGGCCAAGAAAGAACAUUUUGGGAAGUGGUGUACGUUGAAAUUUGCACGUGUGCGUCUACAUCAGCUGGCGUCAUGGCUCUACUGGACUUCCUGCGCUGGAGAGCUGCCACACUACUGCUCCUGUUUGUCGCCGGGUUGGACUGCAUAUCGGUGCACAUCCCCAACGAUGAGCCCAUGUACGUCAUCCCGGACUCUACCCUGGUCCUCCGCGCCCACAUCCAGUACGGCUCUCCGGACGAGCUGACGGGCGUCACCUGGGAGCGGCGGCCCGAGAGCGGCGUCCCCGAUGGGCGGGCCGCGCUGGCCACCUGCCCCGGGGGGAGCCCCCCGCAACCUGUCCAAUGCACCGUCACCCGGCCCAACGUGCGCGCCAGCCUGGAGGAGCAGGCCAGCGUCCUGCACGUUAGCCAUUUUGCAAAAGCUGACGCGGGAAUCUAUGCUGUCACCGUGAUGAGUAAGGCCGGACAAUCCAGCACGGCACUCGUUAUCGUCCGAGAAUACGAGGCGGUGCACCACGUGUCGGUGAGCAUCAACGUGUCACACUCGUCGCUGGUGUGCGGCGAGGCAUGGGGCACGGAGCCUCAGUUCAGCUGGCUGCACGAGCGUGACGCCGUCACCGGCAGCGUGGGCCGCGUAUCCCCCGACGGCGCCACCCUGGUGGUCACCAAGGUGCCCAUUUGCGGCCACUUCACCUGCGUGGUCAGCAACAAGCUGGGCUACAGCUCUGCCACCUACACGGCCGCACCUUGUGAAUCAGGCGGCAUCAGUGGAUCGACGGUGGCUGUCAUUUGUCUGGUGGUGCUGCAGAUCUUAGGAGCAGGCCUGGCAUUUCUACUCUGGAGACGCUACCGAAACAGGAACCGAGGAGACAGGCUGCGAGAACAUUUGGACGACAAUAUUUAAACAGCGCCAAAAGGGAGUACAGGAAAUGUGCAUAAUUAAUUUGAGGAAGUUUUUCUAUUGUCUCCAGCAGGACUUGUUCUAUAAUAUCACGUGUAUAGUCUUGAACUACACUGCCCCCUGCUGGGUCACAUGUGAAACUGCGUGUUGAAGCCAAUCAGUCAUCCGGAACACUAAAUAGAACACCUGAAACGCUUGUACAUAUAUAACACACACCAAAGUAGAAAAUUGCAGUUAUUUUAAAAAAAAGAUGCGAUGUGGAAAUUCUCGACUCCUUCUCUGAAAAAUAAAGCAGAAAUGUUUCUAAGGUCUUUUGUGUUUGAAUACAUUGAGAGAAGAAUGUAUUUGCUUGUUAUUAAGGUUUCAAAAUGUCCAGAGUGCAUUUUUUAAGAGCGUGACGAUAGAUGAGACAACCUUGGUUGUCAUAGCAACCGCCAGUCCUGUUUAUGCCUCUUUUUUAGUCAGUCCAGUUUGUGCCAGUUUUUUUGCAAAAAGUUACGGGCAGCAAGAGAAUUGACAAAGAAGCCACCAGAGUGACAGUUUGCUUCCAGGUCCUAUGAAGGAUUUUUUUUUUUUCCCAAAUAAACAAAUAAAAAAAAUAAACAUGUA